GUAACAUCUUAUGAAGAUCUUGGACUCUUUGCAUAUGGAUUUCCUGGAAAGGCAGUGGUGGCAAGCACUAUAAUAAUUCAGAAUAUUGGAGCUAUGUCAUCCUAUCUUUUAAUUAUUAAAACAGAGCUUCCUGCUGCUAUUUCAGAAUUUUUGAAUGGAGACCACAGUAGGUCUUGGUAUCUUGAUGGUCAAAUACUACUACUAAUCAUUUGUAUCGGCAUUGUGUUCCCUCUUGCACUUCUUCCCAAAAUAGGCUUUCUUGGCUACACAAGUAGUUUAUCAUUUUUCUUUAUGGUGUUCUUUGCCCUUGUGGUAAUAAUUAAAAAAUGGUCCAUCCCUUGUCCUCUGACAUUAAAUUACAGAGAGGAAUGCUUCCAGAUUUCAAAUGGAACGGAUGAUUGUAAACCAAAGCUCUUUCAUUUUGCCAAAGAGAGUGCUUAUGCUAUACCAACCAUGGCCUUUUCAUUUCUCUGCCAUACCUCAAUAUUGCCCAUAUGCUGUGAACUUCAAAGCCCUUCAAAGAAAAGAAUGCAGAAUGUAACCAAUACAGCGAUUGCUUUAAGUUUUCUCAUUUAUUUUAUAUCUGCACUCUUUGGGUACCUCACUUUUUAUGACAAAGUGGAGUCAGAAUUACUACAAAGUUAUAGUAAAUACUUACCACAUGAUGUUGUUGUCAUGACUGUGAAGUUAUGCAUACUAUUUGCUGUGCUUUUGACAGUUCCUCUAAUCCACUUCCCUGCCAGAAAAGCUUUAAUGAUGAUGUUUUUCUCAAAUUUUCCAUUCUCAUGGAUUUACCAUUUUUCAAUCACUCUAGCACUCAAUAUUGUCAUUGUUUUACUUGCAAUAUAUGUUCCUGACAUUAGAAAUGUAUUUGGUGUAGUUGGUGCCAGUACAUCAACGUGUUUGAUUUUUAUAUUCCCAGGACUGUUUUAUCUUAAACUAAGCAGAGAAGAUUUUCUCUCAUGGAAAAAGCUUGGGGCAUUUGUUCUGCUCAUCUUGGGAAUUUUGGUUGGGAAUUUUAGCCUAGCACUCAUCAUUUUUGAUUGGAUUAAUAAAUGAGAGAAAUAUUAUCCUGCUUAUGAAGAAUAACUUACCUCCAUAUGCAAGAAGGAAUUAUUUUGGAAGGCACGUUGGAUGAAAAAUGACAUUUUAAUAAAAACCAUUAAUAGAAAAGUGGAACAAAAUGGCAGUGGGUAGGGGAAAGAAAGUAGGAGUUUAGCAGUUAUAUUCAAAAUAAGAAACAAACUCAAAAUGUUC